AUGGAGCUCCAGGAUGGAGCAGAGCUAUGUUUUCCACAACUCUACAACACCUCCUGCAAGAAGCCUGCAUCUUGGGCAGAAGCUGUGCUCUUUCCCGUCACCCUGUCCUUCAUAUCUCUCAUCACCGCAGCUCUCAACCUGCUCGUCAUCAUCACAGUCUCCCACUUCAGGCAGCUUCAUACGCCCACUAACAUCCUCCUCCUCUCUCUAGCUGUCUCAGACUUUCUCCUGGGCCUCCUGUUGAUGCCUGUAGAAAUUAUUCGAAACACAGCCUGCUGGUUUCUUGGUGACAUCGUGUGCUCUUUGUAUAAUUCCUUGUCAUUUACCAUCACCUCUGCCUCAGUAGGAGACAUGGUGCUCAUAUCAAUUGACCGCUAUGUGGCGAUUUGUGACCCUCUACAUUAUUCAAGCAGAGUCACAGAGGAAAGAGUGAAAGUCUGUGUCUGUCUGUGUUGGCUGUUCUCUGUUCUUUAUGGUGGUCUUAUUGUCAUGGAUGACUUUAAGAUGCCAGGCAGUCAUAAUUCCUGCUAUGGAGAAUGUAUGAUUACUAUUGACCACAUUGAAGGAACUAUUGACCUUGUUGUAAGUUUUAUUGUUCCAGUUUUGGUAAUCAUGGUUCUGUAUAUGAGAGUAUUUGUGGUGGCUGUGUCUCAGGCUCGGGCCAUGCGCUCUCAUGUUACAGCUGUCACAAAGCGGCUUUCAGAGACUCGAGCAAAGAAAUCUGAGCUGAAAGCAGCCAGAACUCUUGGUGUUCUUGUUACGGUUUUUCUAAUAUGUUUCAUCCCAUAUUACUGCGUCUCUCUUGCAGGUGACGACUUGCUGAGUAAUGCACAUGCAUCCUAUGUGCUUUUCCUGUUCUACUUUAACUCCACUCUAAACCCUGUAAUCUAUGCUUUGUUCUACCCUUGGUUUAGAAAAGCAGUGAAACUAAUUGUCACCCUGCAGAUCCUGCAGCCUGGGUCCAGUGAGGCCAACAUACUGUAG